GACAAAAGUCUUUUCUUCUGAUUUCCUUUUUCUCUCUGGGCAUCAGGAGUAUCUUCAUAUAUUUAUCACUCUACAAUUGGCUAUUUCACAGCAAUCACCCAAAAUGCUUCCAGUCCCACUUAUCCAGCUUCAAUGCGGUGCAAAUUCUUAUGAUUGGGGAAAGAUAGGAAACGAUUCUGCAGCCGCUCGUUUUGCCGCUGCAACUACUCAAUCCGGCUUCAAGAUUGAGGAAUCAAAGCCUUAUGCUGAGCUCUGGAUGGGAACUCAUCCAUCAAACCCAUCCAAGGAUGUGGACACUGGGCGUACCCUCCUAGAGCUUGUCAAUAGCAAUACAGCCCUCCUCUCUCACGAUAUUGCAGAAAAAUACGGGGGAAAACUACCCUUCCUUUUCAAAAUUCUAUCGAUCCAGAAGGCUCUCAGCAUCCAGGCCCACCCUGACAAGAAGCUUGCCGAAAGACUACAUAGCGAAGACCCGAAGAACUACCCUGAUGACAACCACAAACCUGAGAUGGCCAUUGCCGUCACUCCCUUUGAUGGGUUUUGUGGGUUUCGCCCUCUUUCCGAAAUUGUUUCCUUCUUGGAAUCGACCCCACCACUUCGUGCACUCGUUGGCGAAUCCAAGUCGGAUAUUUUUAUUGCUGCUGUUGGGGACAAGGCAGAUGCUAGUGACGAGGCAACUAUAGCUGCUAACAAAAAAGCCUUGAAGGAUUUGUUUGAGGCCGUUAUGACUUCUGAGGAGGAAUUCGCAAACUUGAUAAUCCGAUUAGACGGACAGUUCCCUGGAGACAUCGGGUUAUUCUGUUCAUUCCUUUUGAAUUAUGUUAAGCUGCAACCUGGCGAAGCAAUGUUUUUGCAGGCAAAUGAUCCUCAUGCCUACCUUUCGGGAGAUAUUGUUGAGUGCAUGGCUGCGAGUGACAACGUGGUUCGUGCAGGUUUCACGCCAAAAUACAAGGACGUCAAGAACCUUGUCUCAAUGCUCACCUACUCCUAUGCUCCUAUAUCAGAGCAAAAGAUGAAGCCAGCGCCCUACCCUCGUGGGUCCAACUCUAAAUCUGGCGUUCCUACUUCGAUCCUCUACGAUCCUCCUAUUGAUGAGUUCGCUGUCGUAAAGACUGGACUGAAGUCUGGGAAUUCGGAGAAGUUCCAGCCCAUCGAAGGACCGAGCAUCAUCAUUGCGACUAGUGGAAGAGGAAAAAUUUCUGUAGGUCCUAAAACAGAAACUCUGGACAGUGGGCAUGUUUAUUUCGUUGGUGCUACAGCCACACUUGAGCUUGAUGCGGAGGAGGACCUAGUUGCGUUUAGGGCAUUCUGUGAGCUUGCCAAAUAA